AUGUCAGAAUCUCCUCCAACAUCGAAUCUCACCCCACCAAUUCGUCUCGUUGCAGCUGAGGCAUCAGCAUUAGAUACACCUGUCCACAUAGAUUCCAUGCAACUUCAAAUAAAUUCGUUGACUUCCAAAGUCAAAGAGCGUCGUCGCUCAUCGAAUUCAUCAACUUCUACUAGUCGAUCAUCCUCCUUGAGUUCGUUAAAUUCAUUUUCGGUUCGACGAAACGAUGACGAAGACGCAAGCAGCAUCGAUGAUACGAAUGAAGGAUUGACGCAGGUGCAAGAACGUUUUCAUACAUUGCGACGAUUGAUGCCCCGUGAUUCACUUGCAUCGUUAGAUGAACCGCCUGCAACAGUAUUGCCCAAUGCUGAAUGUCAAGUCUGCCUGGAUGAAUUACCCAUACGUCCACUAUCUUGUUGUUCAUCGUCAGUGUGUUCAACAUGUCUUUAUUCUUACAUAUCUACACAUAUCGAUGAAGCACGAAUACGUAUUCAAUGUCCCUCAUGUUCACAUAUAUUUACUCGUGAAGAGAUUCUUCUUCUACUCUCGGAAAAAGACGAAUCCGGCGAGAAAGCAGAAAAAUAUAAACGCUUCUAUGCUGAUAUCAAUCGUGAACCACAUAUCAAAACGUGUCCCCAAUGCUGUGCAAUCAAAAAAAUUGAUAAAAAUCUAGUUGAAGGUAUUCGAUGGAAGAAGACCAUUCCCCGACAUGUAGUAUGUGAUGAAUGUCAAUUCAACUGGUGUUUUUACUGUCAUGCACCUUGGCAUGAACGAAUGAACUGCAAAGAAUAUCGGGAAGGAGAAAAACUACUUCGAGCAUGGGCAUCGCAAACAAAUAAUAAUCAACAAAAUGCUCAGCAAUGUCCGCGAUGCAAAGUAUUCAUAUCGCGUAAUGGUGGUUGCCCACACAUGGUUUGUUCCAAAUGCCAUUGUGAUUUUUGUUAUAAUUGCGGUAAACGCAGAUUCGGCCUGAAAUUUCUCGGUUCACAUGAAAGUCGAUUAUCGCCUUUCGGAUGUAAAUAUAAUUUCUAUCCAGAUAAGCCAGUUGUACGUUAUACAGUUCGUGGAUUAGUGGCUGGUGCUGCAACGUUAGCUGCUCCUGUCGCAGCUGUCGGUGCAGUAGCAUUAUUAGCUGUGGGGACAACCAUUGCAGCGCCAACUUAUGGAACAUAUCGAUUAGUGAAACACAUACGAAAAAGACGUCGUAAUCGUCAUAUUUUCAAUCAACAAGCAAUUUCGUCGGACUUAAGCGGAGACGCUUCGACUGAUAUUCAUCAUAAUGAUGAUGACGAUGAUGAUGAAGAUCUGAAACGAGCUAAACAAGCUAGCUUGGAAUCUUAUCGCGAAGAACAAGUUCGACAAGGAAUAAGUCGAGCUGACUUAAAUGAAAGUGAUGGUGAUGAUAGCUUUGAUGAUUAA